AUGUACUUCAAACGUUUAGACGACUCUAUUCAAAUGGCUAGUCCAAAUGAUAACGAGGUAGCUCAAAUGUCUGUCCCAGUUAAAAAAAGGCGGCUAGGUAGUGACUAUUCAUCACCACUCCUCCUUACAACCAGCAGCAUACAUGUAGCAUCAGAAGUGAAUCUGUCAGACCAUUUGUCAAGUGUUAAACAUGUUAUCUUGGUAUUAUCUGGUAAAGGAGGUGUUGGGAAGAGUACUGUGGCUACACAGUUAGCAGUAGGAUUGAAACUAAAGGGCAAAAAAAUUGGUCUAUUAGAUGUAGACCUAUGUGGUCCAAGUGUGCCAAAAAUGUUUGCUGUGGAAGGCAAAGAUAUUCAUCAGUGUCCAGAAGGGUGGUUACCUGUUUAUGUUGACAAGGAACAACAGCUAGGUGUCAUGUCAAUAGCUUUCUUGUUAGAGGGUAAGGACGAUGCUGUUGUUUGGAGAGGGCCAAAGAAAACAGCAAUGAUAAAGCAAUUUCUGAGUGAUGUUGUAUGGAGAGAUAUUGACUACUUAAUCAUUGACACACCACCAGGAACAUCUGAUGAACAUCUGUCUGUUAUUGAUAAUCUGAAGGCUUAUAAUCCAGACGGAGCUAUUCUCGUUACAACACCACAAGCAGUGGCUGUAGGCGAUGUAGUUAGAGAGUUAACUUUCUGUAAAAAAACACACAUACCAAUUAUUGGUCUUAUCGAAAAUAUGAGUGGAUUUGUAUGCCCUCAUUGUACAGAGUGUACAAAUGUAUUUUCCAAAGGUGGAGGAGAAUCCCUGGCUAAGAAAUACCAUAUUCCUUUCUUGGGAUGCAUUCCACUGGACCCACAACUAACACAGUGUUUGGAGGAGGGAAAGAGUUUUUUAGAACAUUGUAAAUCUUCACCCACAGUGACUGCCUUAAACAAAGUGAUUGAAAAACUAAUAUUAGUAGAUCGAGAUUUUCUGUAGUGUUGUGACUUAGAUUUUUCUGGACAAUUUGCUGCAUGUUAUUAAUGCAAGUGUUUGUGAAACACAGUAUUAUAAUACAACAAAGUAAAAUGUUGACAACAUACAUAUCAUUUAGGAAAUACUAAGAUGCUAUACAUGCAACAUCAAGAUUUUGUAUAAUAUUUUUUAGAAGUUACUGAUGGUUCCUCUUUGUUGCUAUCAAAAAUUCUAUAAAAUCAAAAUUAAAUGAAUCAAAUUUUGUAGUCAAUACAUGACUUUACAAGAAAAUGAAUAGAAAAUGAAUUAAAGUACUACUUUAUUUUACAUAAAUAUUUUGAAAUGCUGUGAGCCCUUUUAGUCCAAUAACUUUGAGAGUGAAAUUCACGCAGAUGAGUAAGAAAUUCAAGUUCUUUCAUUUUUGUUUAAAAAUUUCAAUUUUUGAAUUGUGGAUUAAAAAUCAAAAUGAUGGCAAGUAGUUCAAACAAACAUAAUAAAAUUUCCUUUUUAGCUCACCUGGCCAAAAAGGCCAAGUGAGCUUUUCUCAUCACUUGACGUCCGUUGUCCGUCGUCGUCAGGCGUUAACUUUUACAAAAAUCUUCUCCUCUGAAACUACUGGGCCAAAUUUAACCAAACUUGGCCACAAUCAUCAUUGAUGUAUCUAGUUUAAAAUUUGUAUUUUUUUACCCUGCCAACCAACCAAGAUGGCUGCCAUGGCUAAAAAUAGAACAUAGGGGUAAAAUGCAGUUUUUGGCUUAUAACUCAAAAACCAAAGCAUUUAGAGCAAAUCUGACAUGGGGUUAAUUUGUUUAUCAGGUCAAGAUCUAUCUGCCCUAAAAUUCUAUAUGAAUCAGACAACCCAUUGUUGGGUUGCUGCCCCUAAAUUGGUAAUUUUAAGGAAAUUUUACUGUUUUUGGUUAUUAUCUUGAAUAUUAUUAUAGAUGGAGAUAAACUGUAAACAGCAAUAAUGUUCAGCAAAGUAAGAUUUACAAAUAAGUCAACAUGAUCUAAAUGGUCAGUUAACCCCUUUAGGAGUUAUUGCCCUUUAUAGUAAAUUUUUAACCAUUUUUCGUAAAUCUCCAUGAUCUUUUACAAAAAUCUUCUCUGAAACUACUGGGCCAAAUUAAUCCAAACUUGGCCACAAUCAUCUUUGGGGUAUUAAGUUUAAAAAAUGUGUCCGGUGAACCAGCAUCAAACCAAGAUGGCUGCCACGGCUAAAAAUAGAACAUGAAGGUUAAAUGCAGUUUUUGGUUAUUACUCAAAAACCAAAGCAUUUAGAGCAAAUCUGAAAAGGAGUAAAAUUGUUUAUCUGGUCAUGAUCUAUCUGCCCUGAAAUUUUAAGAUGAAUGGGACAACCCGUUGUUGGGUUGCUGCCCCUGAAUUGGUAAUUUUAAGGAAAUUUUGCUGUUUUUGGAUAUUAUAUUGCAUAUUAUUAUGGAUAAAGAUAAACUGUAAACAACAAAAAUGUUCAGCAAAGUAAGAUUUACAAAUAAGUCAACAGGACCAAAAUGGUCAGUUGACCCCUUUAGGAGUUAUUGCCCUUUAUAGUCAAUUUUUAACCAUUUUUUGUAAAUCUUAGUUAACUUUUACAAAAAUUUUCUUAUCUGAAACUACUGGGCCAAAUUUUACCAAACAUAGCCAGAAUCAUUAUUAGGCUAUCUAGUUUAAAAAAUUGUGUUUUGUGACCUGGCAAACCAACCAAGAUGGCUGCUAUGGCUAAAAAUAGAACAUAGGGGUAAAAUGCAGUUUUUGGCUUAUAACUCAAAAACCAAAGCAUUUAGAGCAAAUCUGACAAGGGGUUAAAUUGUUUAUCUGGUCAAGAUCUGUCUGCCCUGAAAUUUUUAGAUGUAUCAGACAACUCGUUGUUAGGUUGCUUCCCCUAAAUUGGUAAUUUUAAGGAAAUUUUGCUGUUUUGGGUUAUUAUCUUGAAUCUUAUUAUAGAUAGAGAUAAACUGUAAACAGCAAUAAUGCACAGCAAUUUAAGACUCAAAAAUAAGUCAAAAUGACCAAAAUGGUCAAUUGACCCCCUAAGAAGUUAUUGUCCUUUAUAAUAAAUUUUUAACAAUUUUCAUAAAAUUUGUAAAUUUUUACUAACAUUUUCCACUGAAACUACACGGACAAGUUCUUUAUAGAUAGAGAUAAUUGUAAGCAACAAGAAUGUUCAGUAAAGUAAGAUGUACAAACACUUCACAAUCACCUAAACACAAUUUUGUCAUGAACUGUCUGCUUCCUUUGUUCACAUAUACCAAGGUGAGCGACACAGGCCCUUUAGAGCCUCUAGUUUAAGAUCUAUUUUUUAUUUCUUUACAUUUUAAAUAGAACUAAAUAUUCAUUGGACCAUUCUCAAGUAGUCCUCGUAAAACUGAGCUAAUCUUACAGGGCAUGUUUGGAUGGAUCCAUGUCCAAUAACCCUAUGAUGCCAUGCAGGGUCAAAAUGUGUCUCACCUUUUCUUCCUAGAUUUUAAAAAUGAUAGACAACUAAAAGAGGGUGUAUAUUUAGAAGUAUAAUUGUUUAGAGACUAUCCAUUUUGAUUGUUUCCGGAGUUGAGCAUUGUUGCAUUUGUUGUUCUACUUUUAUUUCAUUGAAAAUGUUAUUUGUUUAAAACAGACAAGUGAUUUUUGAUGUGAGGCUGUGGGGACAUUUUCUUUACAGGAAAAGCCAUUCACCUAUCAACCAAAUGAGAAAUAUCUUACAGGAUAUCAAUUCUAUUUGGAACUUUUAUAAAGCAUAUUUAUCUAUUGAUAAUUGUUAAAGUUUGUUUAGGCUUCUUGGCUUUUAUCAUCUAUAAGCUUAAACAAAAUAACAUUUAUAUAUGAAUUAGAUUAAAUAAGAGACUAAAGUCUUUGGCAGCACAUGUGCAAAAAAAGAAAUAUAUAUAUUAUUUUUAUUUUUUUCAUCAUUCUUUCAAUGAUAAGUGAAACUGAGUAAAAAUGAAUAUUAAGUUUGUUUUUUGUAAUUUAUAUUGAAUCACAACUAGUUUAUUGCCUUCACAGAAAUGAAAAGUGGUACAGGAUUAUUUAGAUAUUUGCUCAAUGGUUAUUAAGAAGAUGUGCAAUAUCAUGAAUGGAAAGUGAAAGAUGAUAAGAUGGUUCAGGAUAUAAAAUCUCAUUUAAUGUUCAGCAUAUUUAGUGAUGAGUGGGAUUAUAUACUUAGGUUUCAGUGUAUGUUUCAUCUUAAUGUCUCCUGUAUGAGACAGUGCUGAGAAAUAGAAGUAACUGUUUCAUUUAAACAUAACUUAGAUAUAUAGAUGGUUCUUAAAAAUGCUAAAUCCAAACCUGAGUUCUGAAAAAAAUAGUCAAGAUUUUUGGGCCCAGUUUUCAAGUUGGUCCAAAUCAGGGUUCAAAAUUAAACUUUGUUUGAUAAAAAAACAAGAGGCUCUCAAGAGCCUGAAUCGCUCACCUUAAUUUUUUUGAUUAAAUCUCUCAUCAAUGAUUAUUUUGGCUUUUCAAUUUAUUUAAAUGUUCUUUGGAUCGUCCUAUUUUCUUCAAAAGCAAAAAAAAUAAAUCAUUUUCUCCUAUGUUCUAUUUUAGCCAUAGGAGCUAUGUUUCUUGACAUACAAGGAAAUAAAAUAUAAAAUUUACACUAGAUACUCUGAAACUCAUUUAGCCUAAGUUUGGCUGAAAUUGAUACAGCAGUUUCAAAGGAGAAGAUUUUUUAAAGUAAGUCAACAUGAUGAAGAAAUUGUGAAAAAGUCUUUAAAGGGCAAUAACUCCUUAAGGGGUCAAUUGCCAAUUUUGGUCAAAUUGACUUAUUUGUAGAUCUUACUUUGCGUAACAUUUUUGCUAUUAACAGUUUAUCUGUAUCUAUAAUAAUAUUCAAGAUAAUAACCAAAAACUUCAAAAUUUCUUUAAAAUCAUCAAUUCAGGGGCAUUAUACCUGAAAAACCAGUUACCCAAUUCGCAUGAAAAUUUCAGGACAGGUAGACCUUGACCUAAUAAAUACUUUAACUUCUUGUCUCAUUUGCUCUAAAUGCUGGAGUUUUUUAGAUAUAAGCCAAAAACUGCAUUUUACCCUGUGUUCUAUUUUUAGCCAUGACAGCCAUGUUUUUUGACGAAAUAGAAAAUAAAACACAAACUUUAUUUUAUACUCCCUACUGAUCAUUCAGUUGAAGUUUGGUUGAAUUUGGUUGAGUAGUUUUAGAGGAGAAGAUUUUUUAAAGUUAGCAAAGAUGAUGAACAAAUUGUGAAAAAUUGUCAUUAAAGGACAAUAACUCCUUAAGGGGUCAAUUGACAAUUUUGGUCAUUUUAACUUAUUUGUAGAUCUUACUUUGCUGAUCAUUUUUGCUGUUUACAGUUUAUCUUUAUCUAUAAUAAUAUUCAAGAUAAUGACCAAAAACUGCAAAAUUUCCUUAAAAUUACCAAUUAAGUGGCAGCAACCCAACAAUGGGUUUGUUUGAUUCUUCUGAAAAUUUCAGGGCUGAUAGAUCUUGACCUAAUGAACAUUUUUACCCCAUGUCAGAUUUGCUCUAAAUGCUUUUGUUUUUGAGAUAUAAGUCAAAAACUGCAUUUGACCCCUAUGUUCUAUUUUUAGCAAUGGCGACCAUGUUUGUUGAUAGAUAAAACUUCGGAUACAAUUUAUAAACUAGAUACCCUAAGGAACACUCAGUUAAAGUUUGGAAGUAUUUGGCCUUGUAGUUUCAGAGGAGAAGAUUCUUGAAAUAGUUUACGACGACAGACGACGACGGACGCCAAGUGAUGGCAUAAGCUCACUUGGCCCUUCGGGCCAGGUGAGCUAAAAUUGAAUUUAGGAUUGUAGGCUCCUUUACCAAAUUGAUCCACAUGUUCAAUUUCAAAUAUUUCAGUUCUUUGACCACAUUUAUUUUGUGUCACAAACCUAUGCUGUGUCAAAUAUUCAACCACAAUCCAAAAUCAGAGCUGUUUUAAGCUUAAAUGUACUUGCUCUACUGUUCAUGGUUAGACCUUUCCGGGGUUUCCUGUCACUCUGACAGCCUCUUAUAUAAAACUUAAAUCAGAGGUUUUGUCAGCAGUGUCUCAGACAAUUUCCAAAAUCAGUAACAAUCAAAUAUUUUUUAUAGUGCUGCUCUUUGUAAAUAUUAAUUAAUUAUAUGAGAAAUUCCAUUGCAUUUGCUCUCCAGCCUUCAUUUGUGAUGUAAGAAAGGAGUUUGUAUGUUUUAAAAAUUAAAAAUAAAAAGUAUUUGUUUUU